AUGGACACCCUAGAGGAAGAGAGCUUCGUGCUGUCUUCCUCUUCUGCCUCUGAUGCAGAAUUCGACGCUGUGGUUGGCUACUUAGAGGACAUCAUCAUGGAUGACGAGUUCCAGUUAUUACAGAGGAAUUUCAUGGACAAGUACUACCAGGAAUUUGAAGACACGGAAGAGAAUAAACUCAUCUACACGCCUAUUUUUAACGAAUAUAUUUCUUUAGUGGAAAAGUACAUUGAAGAACAGCUACUGGAGCGGAUUCCUGGGUUUAACAUGGCGGCCUUCACCACAACCUUACAGCACCACAAAGAUGAGGUGGCCGGGGACAUAUUUGACAUGCUGCUCACGUUUACCGAUUUCUUGGCUUUUAAAGAAAUGUUUCUGGACUACAGAGCAGAAAAAGAAGGCCGAGGACUGGACUUAAGCAGUGGUCUCGUGGUGACUUCACUGUGCAAAUCCUCCCCUCUGCCAGCUUCCCAGAACAACCUGCGGCACUAG